UCCCCUUAGUAUGGUUUGCUAUCAAAAUUUAAUAAUUCACUUAAUAGUUAGUUAGUUACCAAGUUUCAAGAUAUUUAAAAACCUAGAACAACUAUGGCUACAAGUGAUGCAACAAACUCUACCUCCCAAAAGAAAGUCAUCUUUCAUCCAGUCAUCAACGGUUUGCAGAAGAUUGCUUUGUAUGAGACAUGGAAGAAAUACUACCUGAUUGGAUCAAAUCCCACUGAAACAAAGUUCAGAGUCCUGAAAAUUGACCGCACAGAACCCGAAAAAUUAAUUAUCACAGACGAUAAGGUUCUUUAUACCCACACUGAAAUACGAAGACUCUUGUCUGACCACAAGCGGCCUGAUGUUGGGCCUGGCAAUAAGCUCACCAGAGUCACCUCUGCCUUUGGCAUUGUUGGUUUUGUGAGAUUUCUGCAAGGUUACUACAUGAUACUUGUGACAAAGAGACGGAAAGUGGCGUCAGUUGGUUUACACAGCAUAUACAAGAUUGAAGACACCAGCAUUCGGUACAUCCCGCACGAGUCUUGCCGUACAAAUAAGGGCGUGCUUGAAGAGGAACAAAAGUACCGGAAUCUCUUCCUCAAUGUAGAUCUCAAGGCCAACUUUUACUUCAGCUAUAGCUACGACUUGACGCACACGCUUCAGUACAACCUUGCUCCUCCAAACGGCAACAUAAAGCUUGUGGCAGCGGAUGAACUGGAGUGCUUCCUACCUGACGAUCGCUAUCAGUUACCAGGGUUCACAGAAGAGCAGGAUUACUUUGCCUACUGCCCCGUGCCCGACGCGCGCUACGUCUGGAACAGCUACCUGCUCGACGUCGCCCCUGACCUCCACCCCUCAUGGAGGCUCUGCAUCACGCACGGCUUCAUCGAACAGGUCGACAUCAGCGUGUUCGGGCACUCGUACUUCCUGACGCUGAUAGCACGGCGCUCUCGUAUGUACGCAGGCACCCGCUUCCUCAAGAGAGGAACUAAUUUCGAGGGAGAUGUGGCUAACGAGGUGGAGACUGAGCAGAUCGUCUUCGACAGCGACAGAGCCGACCUUCCUGAUGGACGAUUCACGUCAUUUGUUCAGGUGCGGGGCAGCAUCCCCCUGAUGUGGUCCCAGGACGGGUCCAGGGCCCCACGCCCCCCCAUCACCAUCUUCCUGAACGACCCCUACGCCGUCGCUGCAGGGCGACAUUUUAACCGCCUGCUGAAGCGGCACGGGUCACCUGUGCUCGUCUUGGACCUGACGAAGCGUAACGAGACCCGCAACUUCGAGAGCAUCCUGGGCCCUCACUACCGCGACCUCAUCGACCAGCUCAACGUGUCCACGCUGCCUUACUUCGCUAUCGACUACCGCAACAUCGACAUGGCAUACCUCAACAAACGGCCUAAGGACAACGCUAUGAACCACCUCUUCAAAUACUCAACGUGGGCCCUGAAUCGCACCGGCAUCUUUUUCACGCCAUCGUCGUCGAGAUCAGGUGGCCACUCAGCAGCUGUGCACCAGACGGGCACUGUGCGCGUGAACUGCGUAGACUGCCUCGACCGCACCAACACCGCGCAGUUCGCCCUCGCCAAGUGCGCCCUUGCGCACCAGGUCAGCCUUAUCCUCCACUCUGUGCACCAGACGGGCACUGUGCGCGUGAACUGCGUAGACUGCCUCGACCGCACCAACACCGCGCAGUUCGCCCUCGCCAAGUGCGCCCUCGCGCACCAGCUGUACCAGCUUGGAGUGCUAGACGAGCCUCACAUCUCGUGGGACAGCGACGUGCUGCACGUGCUGGAGGACCUGUACGAGGACCACGGCGACACCAUGGCGCUGCAGUACGGCGGCUCGCAGCUCGUACAUCGCAUACAGACAUACCGGCACACUGCCAAGUGGAGCAGUCACGGCUCUGAUAUGAUGCAGUCACUGUCACGCUGCUACAGUAACAGGUUCUCAGGUCAGAUAUGGAGCGCUGAAGACCAGUGGUGGGAGCGAGAGCUGCUGGCCAGUCUCCCGCUGCCCCUCGAGCUGCUUACCAAACGAACUUCGUUUGUGGCGCCCCUGACAGACGCAUGUUUCUCUGCGCUCGAGCUGACGGUGAUGGCAGACCACUUCCAGCAGAGCAUCACAUCCACGGCCAAGGCGAAUCUGAGCUCGAGCUCUGAGGACCAAAGUCCGUUCACGGCGCGGCCUGCGCCCAGCAAGCGGCAGCAGCACCAGCAGACUGACGAGGUCGAGAGACGCAUCAGCGUCUCCAGCAUACCAAGUGAGCAUACCAUCAGCGUCUCCAGCAUACCAAGUGAGCAUACCAUCAGCGUCUCCAGCAUACCAACAACGUCUGUCACUUUAUCUAAGUGGCCCUUCGAGCUGACGGUCAUGGCCGACCACUUCCAGCAGAGCAUCACAUCCACGGCCAAGGCGAAUCUGAGCUCGAGCUCCGAGGACCAAAGUCCGUUCACGGCGCGGCCUGCGCCCAGCAAGCGGCAGCAGCACCAGCAGACUAGUGAGCAUACCAUCAGCGUCUCCAGCAUACCAACCUGCAACGCUAAGAAAGACCACGAUGGUUCACGAUCCAAAAAUAAGAGCAACUCAGCGGCGUCGCGCAGCAGUUCUAGCGACGAAAGCAGCAGCACCGCAGACGUCCAUUGUAUCCACCCUCCAUUAGAAACUCCGUUGGAGUGGCUUAAAUACAGCCAAAAAAACAGUGGCUCCAAAAAUGCUUUAGCGACGAACUUUAAAUUAACCAAAAAGCUGCUCUCUGAAAUUACCAGACCAUUUGCCACCACCAAACUGAAGAUUAGUUUGGUGAGAAGAGGGUCUCAGCUCGCUCGUCUCAAGAGCCGAGACCAAAAAGAGCUUAACGAAGAAAAAACACGUCGAAGUCGAGAGUCAGCUGCGGUGUCUGCACUGAAGAAAUUUGAUACCGAACUAAGAACCAUAUAUGAAAAUGAGCAAUGUUCUCAUUUAGAAAGACAGUUCCUGCCUUUGGGGAAGGUGAACCAUCGGGAAGAAACAGAUUCCGGAGCUCAGUCCAUGAGCAUCGUAGAGCGUCUGUUCCCCAAUCCUGAAGCGUCGUAUGGAACGCUGUACAAGGAGCUCUCCAAGGGCGAACUGGCGGUCUUUCGACGAUAUGCUCGCAUGGCUGAACAGUUCGGCACAGCAGCAGACCUUCACUUGGCGCAGAACAGACCUGAAGGCCCUGCUGAUGUCGUCGGUAGCAGACAGUGGUUUGCAGACCUCCAGGACCCGUCGUCCCGGUUCUGGACAGACCCUGGGGCUGCCUUCACUAAUUUCGCUGGUCAGGGAUUUGUCUUUUCUGAAGAAUGGUUGCAAUUAUGUUUGCGGCGUAUUUAUNCUUAA